UAAUCUGUUUGAGUCACUGAGACAAAGUAUAUGAGAAAAGUGCUGAGGGUAAUCACACAGUGUGCCAGACUACAGCUGGACCUUAUGUGUGAGCUAGAAAGAGUGUGAGAGAGAAAUAUUAGAAAAUAAAUCCUUCUCAGACUAAAGAAUAAAAAAUGGACAGUGAGGGUAUUAAAGAACUGCAGAGUGAGGAUGAUAUGAAGCAGGAAUUGUCUUCUGAGAGGGAUGAGGAUAGUGAUCGAGAAGAGGAAGAUGAGGCUGAAGAGUUUGAGGAAGAAAUGACAGAAGUGCAGAGCGAGCAGGACAGAGGGGAGAUGAGAGAUGUAGUGGACUGGAAUGGGUUUAUUACAGAGUGUGCAGGUGAAGAAGAGGUGGUGCUGGACUGGAAACCAGGUGACACUGUGACCUCUCAGUAUGUCCUCAGGCUACCAGGAUACACAGAUGACUACCUGUGCUCACCAGAAGACAACAUCUACAAUAUUAAUUUCUCACGUUUCAAAAUUCGAGACUUGGAAGGUGGAUCAGUCAUUCUGGACCUGAAAAGACAAUGUCCAACAGAAAUAAAAGAUGUCAUAGAGCUGGAUGCAGGGCGCUUCAUUCAGUAUCAUUUCAAACCUGCCUUUCUAAAUCUCAAAGAGAUUGGAGCCACGUUAGAGUUUACAGUGGGCGGUAAGGCAGUGAACAGGUUUCGACUGAUUGAGAGGCAUUACUUCAGGGAUCUGCUGCUGAAGACUUUUGACUUUGAGAUUGGUUUCUGUAUUCCACACAGCAGAAACACAUGUGAACACAUCUACUGCUUGCCGGACCUGGAUUCACACACCAUUGAGGAGAUGAUCACCCACCCAUUCGAGACACGGUCAGACAGCUUUUACUUCGCUAACAACACACUGAUAAUGCAUCAUAAGGCAGAGUACUCCUUCAGCCAGGGGUUGGAGAUCAAUGAGAACCAAAGUUAAACAUUUCAGCAGAGUCUUGACUAUCCAAAGAUUAGUGCUGUAUAUUUGGUUUCAUAAACCAUAAACUAUAUAAAUAAAAUAGUCAAAGUAAUUUCUUUGCUGUUACUUUACUAAUAUUUGUGUUGCUUGCACAGUAAUAAACAGCCUUUAACAGAACACGUGUUGGUGAUUCCAUGAUUUGGUGAACUUAGCAUUGAUACUGUGUAUAGGGUAAAGGGAAUUAUUGGGAAUGAUCCAGAGAAUGCACAUCUUGAGGAUCAAUACCAUGCCUACAUUAUUCAUAUAACACAAUUAAUGUUGCCCUUUCUUCAUGCCCUCACACUGAGGCUCAUAAAGACAUCCUGUCUAUUUUUGUCAUGACACAAUGCUGUGGACCCUUUCCUCUUAUCAGGGGGUCUUCCAAAGCCCCAAACACAAAGUAGAAAAUUAUACCGCUCUUUUACAUUGUGACAAGGAGGAGGGCAGGGCCGGGCCAUGACUGCCCCCAAUCGGGCUAGCCGAGGAGAGGGAUAAGUGCAGCGGAAUGCGGCAGUUCGAGAGAGAGAGCCACAUGCAGCUGCCAUGUUUGCGUUUAUGUUUUUGUGUCCUUUUGUUUAAGUUCCUGUUAAAAUAUUACUUUUAUUGUUCACCCUGAUCCCACCUCCUCCUUUCCCAUUUCAACCUUGUUACAUAUAUGUUUUUGCCCUAAUAGCUCUU